AUGAAGGAAGAAAUGAGUUCCCUGAAAAGCAAUAGAGUCUGGAAUCAUGUUGAGUUGCCUAGUGGUGCCAAAGCCAUUGGCUGUAAAUGGGUCUUUAAGACUAAGGAAGACUCGUUAGGCAAUAUCGAGAGAUACAAGGUGAGACUUGUUGUUAUGGGAUUUACUCAAAAGGAGGGAAUUGAUUACACGGAGACUUUCUCUCCUAUAUCUAAGAAAGAUUCUCUAUGUAUUAUUUUGGCAUUAGUAGCCCAAUUUGAUCUUGAAUUACAACAAAUGGAUGAUAUGGGUGGGGCAUCUUAUGCCAUUGGCAUUAAGAUUCAUAGAGAUAGAUUAUGA